UUAUAAGCUCCUCCGCCGCGCCCAAAUUCCUCCGUAACCCUAAUCUUUUCUAUCACUUCUCCCAAAUUCCCGCGGCGAUGGCCGAUCGAGUACACCCGGAGCCUACGCUUCCACCUCCGGCGGACUCAACGCUAAAACCGCAGCCAACAUCCGCAUCCUUCGUUAUCCAGCUCCCCAAAGACCAGAUCUACCGCAUUCCACCCCCAGAAAAUGCAUACCGCUUCAACCUGUACACUCGCCGCAAUGCCAAACGCCACCGUGGUAGCUGCCGCAGCUGUCUCGCCUUCUCGAUUAUCGUCCUCUUCCUCCUUUUCAUCUCCCUCGCCAUCGCUCUCGGUAUCAUCUUCCUCAUCUUUCUCCCCAAACUCCCUUCCUUCUCCAUCAACUCCCUCUCCAUCCAAAACAUCUCCACUUCGUCUGAGAUCGACCUCACCAUCCGAUCUGAAAAUCCAAACAAGAAGAAUGGGAUUUACUACCUCAACGGCGGAUCGGUAGACGUCGAAUUCUCCGGCAAGGUUUUGUGCCGGGGCGAUUGGCCUGCCUUUUACCAGGGUAAACGGAAUGUGACGAUGGUAAAAACGGCGUUAAAGGGGUCGGGGACCCGUCUCUCUGAUGAUGUGAGAGGGAGACUGACGGCGGCGGGGAAUCGCCGUGAGGUGCCGCUUGGGAUCUACGCGGAGUUGCCGAUGAGGAUGAAGUUUGGAGCCGUUAAAAUGUGGACGGUUACCGUUAAAUUACGAUGUGAUGUAACAGUGGAUAAACUGACGGCGGCUUCUCGGGUUCGGAAGGAGUCAUGCAGAGUUAAGGCGGACGCGUUCACGUUUCUUGGCGUCUAAUGGGUUUUUUUUUUUUUUUUUUUUU